AUGGAAAGAACCAGCUGCCAGCAAGGACACUGUCCCUGGUCCAACGUCACUAGUGCCAGCUGUGUUGAUGGGUUCUGUGAGUGCUCAAGUGAAAACUACGAGCGAUACACGUGUUUUCCGGUUGUUGGGAGCUGUGCAAUAAGAAGCGGUUCUCCAACUGCCCAAGCCGAGGCCUUCCGAGAUUCUGAACCCAGACAGACCUUCAGCUGUGUCGCUGAUGACAACAGCCAGUAUGAAGUACACGUGCUGGGUGUGUACGAGGGGGUCGGGCCCAGAAGUGAUGUCCGACAAGGUAACACGGAGGCAGCUGAGAUGAACGUACACGUCUCCGUAGGUCAGGUCUCCAAACCUCUGGUCUUGGUGUUGAGCUCGUACGAGGCGGUCAACUGGGUGCUCCACCUACCGGAGGACGUGGAAGUGCACAAAGUGCUUCUGAUUGCAUAUGAUAUCGACCAGAGUAGUGUGACUGUGCGGAGCGGUUCCGUGAACAAUGUGCAGCGCCUGUCAGCUCGGACAGGGGGCGUUCCUGCAUGUGCAUAUGGGAAGGACGACGGCGGCUGUAACACUGUCGAUCUGCUGAUAUACAUAGGGAAAGAGUUUGGCCCCGUCUCGUCUUUCACCGGUGCCUACAGGGCAGGUGGAUGGAACCUGAGAAUAGGCCUAGCCAUACCGUGUCCAACGUUGUCCGCCCCAACUAACGGAGAGCUGAGUCCUACCGGAGCGACCUCCUACCAGGACAGGGCCACAUUCACCUGUAACAGGGGAUACGUUCUGAGCGGCGCUGCUGUGACGACGUGCCAAUAUAACGGAACAUGGAGUAAUGCUGUUCCAACAUGCACACCAAGACAAUGUAGUUCUCUGACGGCUCCAACUAACGGAGCGCUGAAUUCUACCGGAGCGAACUCCUACCAGGAUGUGGUGACGUUCACCUGUAACACGGGUUACCAACUGAAUGGAGUCUCUAGUGUGACGUGCCAAGCUGACGGAACAUGGAGUGGACCUGUUCCAACAUGCACUGUACCAUGUCCAACGCUGACGGCCCCGGAGAAUGGCGCGCUGAGUCCUGCCGGAGCGACUUCCUAUCUGACCCGGGUCACAUUCACCUGCAACCGGGGAUAUGAACGGAACGGCGCCUCUUAUGCCAGUUGCCAAGCUGACGGAACAUGGAGUAAUGCUGUUCCAACCUGCACACAGCAAUGUCCGACGCUGAAGGCUCCAGAGAAUGGAACGCUGAGUCCUCCCGGACCACAUUCCUACAAUGACGUAAUCACGCUCACCUGUAACCCGGGGUACGCACGGAACGGCGCCGCGUACACGAUGUGUCAAACUGACGGGACAUGGAGUAAUGCUGUUCCAACAUGCACACGCGGCCGGCUAGCCACCAAUAUGGCCGCUAGGUGUCGCCUGUGCAUGGACGUCCUGCUGAGCGCUCUGCUGACCGCCAUGCUGGUGGGCAGGUGGGAGUGAACCGUGACGGGAGGGUUCAGCUCGGAUCGGUCAACGUGUUCCAGCCACUAUCCCACAGAGAAGCUAAGAAGAAUCAGUCAGCAUAGCUUAUCACAUAGCUCCAUGACGUGUUUUUAUCGGGUGUAAUGUCACACUGACUUAAUUUUAUGGAUGACAUCCGCGCGGCAUUGAUUUUUGCCUGUUCUAAAAAAUGUGCCUCAUGUCACCCAAUAUCAUCACUGGUCAAUCAGAAUUUUAUGCCAUAAG